UUGUGUAUUUUGCAGGACUCGUAUAGAAAGCAGGUUGUUAUCGACGGAGAGACGUGCUUGUUAGACAUUCUGGACACUGCAGGACAGGAAGAGUAUAGUGCCAUGCGUGAUCAGUACAUGAGAACUGGGGAAGGAUUCCUCUGUGUUUUUGCCAUUAACAACAGUAAAUCAUUUGCUGAUAUUAACCUUUACAGAGAACAGAUCAAGAGAGUGAAAGAUUCAGAUGACGUGCCAAUGGUGCUAGUUGGGAAUAAGUGUGAUUUGCCCACAAGAACAGUAGACACAAAACAGGCUCAAGAAUUGGCAAAAAGCUAUGGAAUCCCCUUCAUAGAGACAUCUGCUAAAACAAGACAGGGUGUGGAAGACGCUUUUUACACACUGGUGAGAGAGAUCCGGCAGUACCGGAUGAAAAAGCUCAACAGCAAUGAAGAUGGGAAUCAAGGCUGUAUGGGAUUGUCUUGCAUUAUGAUGUGAUAAGAUGCCAAGAAUACGUGGUUCAGAUGUGGCUGCUGGACGAGUCUCGAUGCUACUGUAUUGCGUCUCAUGCUGAUGCCCUGCAGUAUUUUGGUGCCAGUGACCAGAAUCUUGGUACCAGUUAAUUAGCACAAGAUCCUUUUCUGUGCUCCAUCUGAAGAGAACAUCUAUGGCGUCUACCUCCCUGCUCAGCUAACGGAGCAGUCAUGUCUCUUGAUGUACUGGGAUUCUUUUCUCACUGUGUUACCUGGGUUUGUUCAAGAAGAAAACCAGUCACAAGGAAAGUGAACUUUAGAGACUAAAUACUGUGAAAAAGAUGACACUUUACCUCUAGAGUAAAAGCUAGAAGUGA